AUGCAAUACGUACGGAGUCUCGGUUCUGGUGUGUCAAAGACAUGGAACUCCAUCAACCCUGCGACCCUCUCAGGUGCGAUCGACGUCAUCGUCGUUGAGCAGUCAGAUGGGACCUUGGCAUGCUCACCAUUUCAUGUCCGCUUUGGCAAAUUCUCAUUACUGAGACCUUCGGAAAGGAGAGUGGAGUUCAAGGUCAAUGGUGUGAGGCAAGACUAUGACAUGAAAUUGGGAGAUGGCGGAGAAGCAUUUUUCGUAUUCGAGACCGCUGGAGACAUUCCCGAAGCUCUACAGACGUCGCCUUUAUCAUCACCAGAGACGAGCCCCGUCACAGUGACUGCAGAUACAGAGGGAGAGACACCUCUGACCGAGCCGACGCCUCUAGAUCUUGGAGACGAGAAGACACUCGGCUCGUCGGAUGGCAGAUCAAUUCCCACGAUACAGAACAAUGACGUAGCUGGGAUGGAUGGUGAAAUGUACAGCGGUUACUCUGACUCUGCUCCUGAUGUGUCCGCGAUAGCUAUUGCGCGGAGAGAUCUGGGACCUUCCCACCCAGCGUUCGAACGAGCCGCUUCGGAGGAAGUGCUUCCAAUGGCGGCAAAGCAGCAGCUGGAGGACAUCGACAAAGCCUUCAGGCAGAGGGCUGUAUCAGCUUCGGAGCCGCCAGAGGACACCGCAUACUCGCGACCUAAGGCCAGUCCUCCCACCCUGAGACCACGAGAAGCCUACCAUCGAGCUCUGACACUGUCCAAAAAGCUUUCCACGUCUAAUAUACGAUCGAAAGUCACAGAAUCCGGUGAUCUAAUGCUUGAUAUGACAGGCUACAAGUCAACCGAGGAGGAAGCAUUACGAGCAGAAGCCAUCGCUCGAAAGCUGCUCUCUGAGGAGAUGGAUGGCAGCUAUGAUAUUGGCUCGUUAAUCGGUACCGAUGAACAUGGUAAUUUAUGGAUCUACAGCAGCGAGGAGGCACGAGAUGCCGCCAACAGGAAGACUGCCGGACAAGUCAUGGGUGCCUUCGCAAUCACGAGCGAUUCUGCAUCGGAUCCGGGGUAUCACAGCGACAGCGAUAGAGCGUCCUCAGCACCAGGCACUCCACGGCAGACGCAUCAAAGAGCCAAGUCAGAAGAAAUUCCUCAACCACGAAUGUCAGCAGACCGCGGCCGCGCCUUCGCCAAAACGCUCCGCCUCACAAGCGACCAGCUCAAAAAGCUCGAACUCCAGCCCGGCGCAAACCCCAUGUCCUUCACCGCGGGUCGAGCGACCUGCCCAGCAGUCAUGUACUACUGGACCUCCGAAACACCCAUCGUAAUCUCCGAUAUCGACGGCACGAUCACAAAAUCAGACGCACUGGGGCACAUCCUCAACAUGGUCGGUCGCGACUGGACACACUCCGGGGUGGCAAAGCUCUACACCGAAAUCGUUGCCAACGGUUACAACAUCCUGUACCUCACUUCCCGCUCCGUCGGCCAAGCCGACACCACCCGUGCCUAUCUCAACAACAUCAACCAAGAAGGCUGGAAACUGCCCAAAGGCCCGGUCAUCCUCAGUCCGGACCGCACCAUAGCCGCCCUCCGCCGCGAAGUCUACCUGCGCAAACCGGAGGUGUUCAAAAUGGCCUGCUUAAGGGACAUCCUCGACCUCUUCCCAGGCAAGAAGAACCCUUUUUAUGCCGGUUUCGGCAACCGCUUCACGGACGCUUUAUCCUAUCGGACGGUGCACAUCCCCUCGACCCGCAUCUUCACUAUCAACACCAACUCCGAGGUCGCGAUUGACAUGAUGAGUCUGAGCAAAUACCGUAGCAGCUAUGUCAACAUGAGGGAAGUCGUUGACCACCAUUUUCCCCCUGUAUCAACACUUGUAAAAGAAGGCGGCGAGGAGUUUACGGAUUUUACCUAUUGGCGGGACACGCCGCAGGGAAUGGAUGAUUGGAUUCCCACGGAUUCGGAGGACGAGGAUAUUGAGAGCGACGAUGAUGUCGACGAUGAGAGAGCGAAUGCGUUGGGCGACAGUUAUCUGUCGAGAGAUUCGGUCGAUCAGUCGGUUGACUUGAACGACAGUGUCAUAAGGCCGUCGAUUGAGGUCGAUGAGGAGGAUCUGGAUGAGGAUCUGGCGAAUUCGAGGAUAGUGGAUGAGGACUUUACGGAAGACUACAUCGGUUCGAGACCGGGCUCGUCGGCGAAGCAGAAGGGCUGA